CGCGUAUUGAGCUCAGAAAUCAUCGAGCAGCCUUCGGAGAGAGAGUAAGGUGUUCCUGCUUCAACAGUGCUUGAACGGAACCCGCACACAGAACCUUUCUUUAAAGGAAUAUAUAGAAAAUAUUAUUCAGUUUUAAUCCCAGCUCUGGUUGAUACUUUAGCUAUUACUUAGUCAUAAAAAAACGCAACGAAUUAAAAAAGCGUAAUCAUAUUAAAAAGCGCUGUCUGUAUCUUCCUGCAUCAUCGACGCUUCACUGCUAUUCUCAAGGGCAUUUCCAGACCGUGACAAUGAGCUCCCAAGUCAGACACAACUUCCACCAGGACUGUGAGGCAGCCAUCAACAGGCAGAUCAACCUGGAGCUGUAUGCCUCCUACGUGUACCUCUCCAUGUCGUACUACUUCGACCGGGAUGACGUGGCGCUGCACAACUUUGCCAAGUUCUUCAAGCACCAGUCCCACGAGGAGCGUGAGCAUGCAGAGAAGCUGAUGAAGCAGCAGAACCAGAGAGGGGGGCGCAUCUUCCUGCAGGACAUCCGGAAGCCAGAACGUGACGAGUGGGGCAGUGGUCUGGAGGCUCUGGAAUGCGCUCUGCAGCUGGAGAAGAGCGUCAACCAGUCUCUGCUGGACAUGCACAAGGUGGCGUCCGAGCGCAAUGACCCUCACAUGUGUGAUUUCAUUGAGACUCACUACCUGGACGAGCAGGUCAAGUCCAUCAAGGAGCUGGGAGACUGGGUGACCAACCUGCGCCGUAUGGGUGCUCCCCAAAACGGCAUGGCAGAGUACCUGUUCGACAAGCACACCAUGGGGUCCGCGCAGGGUGCGGAGUGGAACGCAAUUAUCAGCAAGCCCAAAGUGCAAGAUCCACGCAAGCAGGGAACUCACACCUCCUCCUUGCCCUGGCACAGGCUCCACUCCAGUAUCCAAGACAUUCUGAACACAGCCAUGUUCCCUGCUCUCCACCUCUCUGCUCUGCGGGUGUGA